AUGGAGGCACUCAAACUACAGAAAAAGUACCCAGAGGUUUCCAAAGAUGAGAUGUUUGAUCUCGUCAAUCGCUUCAAUGCAUUGAGCACCGAUACACCGGGGAGAGUAGACAAAUCGUCUGUACUCCAGGCUCUGCAAUCGAGUGGGCAGUCGUACGAUCUCGCCCGAGAAACACUCAAGCAUGUCAGCGUUGACGCCAGUGGCAAAGUCGAACUCGACGACUGGGUUGAGCUCAACGUCAAGCUACGGACGAAGAAGGACGCUCUGACCACCAAGCAAGGCAAGGUCACUGUCCAGGGCUCCAACUCCAACGUGAGCCAUACGAUCAACGAGGAUGAGCGGGCAGAGUUCACAAAUCACAUAAAUCUCGUAAUCGAAAAUGACCCAGACAUUGGAAAUCGCCAUCCGAUCCCAACAGACACGAUGCAGCUCUUUGACGAAUGCAAAGACGGCCUGAUCCUCUGUAAACUCAUCAACGACUCCGUCCCAGAUACCAUCGACACUCGUGUUCUCAACAAACCUACCGCCCGUAAACCCCUCAACGCCUUCCAAAUCACAGAGAACAACAACAUUGUCAUAACGUCAGCCAAGGGUAUCGGUUGUUCCGUUGUCAACAUCGGUUCAUCCGAUCUCGCGGAAGGCCGCGAACAUCUCAUCCUCGGGUUGAUCUGGCAAGUAAUCCGCAGGGGCUUGCUUUCACAGGUCGAUAUCAAGCUACACCCAGAGCUGUAUAGGCUAUGCGAGGAGGGAGAGACGAUUGAUGACCUGCUGAGGCUUACCCCAGACCAGAUCCUGUUACGAUGGUUCAACUACCACUUGAAAGCUGCGGGUUGGAAACGAAGAGUGAACAACUUCAGCCGAGACGUAAUGGACGGCGAGAACUACACUGUCCUCCUGCACCAACUUAAACCAGAUGAGUGUUCCAUCGCACCCUUACAAACACGCGACCUCCGCACCCGCGCCGAACAAGUCCUCCAAAACGCAGCAAACAUCGGCUGCCGUAAAUACCUCACCCCCUCUUCCCUCAUUGCCGGCAAUCCACGUCUGAACCUCGCCUUUGUCGCCAACCUCUUCAACACUCACCCCGGACUCGAGCCCCUUGAUGAGCAGGAAGCCAAAGACUACGGCGCCGUGGAAGACUUUGACGCAGAAGGCGAGCGGGAGGCACGGGUGUUCACCCUUUGGCUCAAUUCCCUCGGCGUCGAACCUGGCGUUUUCAAUCUGUUUGAGAACCUUAAAGACGGGUUGAUCAUUCUUCAGGCGUUUGACAAGAUCUUGCCGGGUAGUGUCAUCUGGCGGAAGGUAUCAAAGCCCAAGCAAGGUGCUGGUGUGGGGUCCACACUUUCGAGGUUCAAGGCCGUAGAGAACACGAAUUACGUGGUGGAUCUGGGGAAACAGAACGGGAUGCAUCUGGUUGGGAUUCAAGGUGCCGAUAUUGUAGAUGGACGAAAGACACUUGUUCUUGGGCUUGUUUGGCAGCUUAUGCGGAUGAACAUCGCCAAGACCCUAUCAGCACUCUCGAAAUCCGGCAAAACAAUGACUGAUACGGAGAUGCUCAAGUGGGCCAAUACCACCGCUCAAACCGGAAAGACUGGCGUGCGCCCCAUUCGCUCGUUCAAAGACCCAUCCAUCACAACCGGGCUGUUCUUCCUCGACCUCCUUGACGCCAUCCGUCCUGGCAUUGUUGACCCCAACUUGGUCAUCAACGUCGCGGAGACGGGGGAAUACGAGGAUAGGCGACAGAAUGCUAAAUUGGCGAUCUCGAUCGCUAGGAAGAUGAACGCCCUCAUUUUCUUGGUGCCGGAAGAUAUCGUGGAUGUUCGUCCGAGACUUAUCCUCACGUUCGUCGGAAGCUUGAUGAGCAUUGCUUAAUGAGUACUGAUAGGUUUGAUAGUGAAACAGUAGGCAGGAAAUUGGAUAUUGUAAUUUUUUAUGAGAGAAGUACACCAAUUAUGUAUUCGAAAGACCCUGCUGACGAUGGAUAUGCUGAGAGUCGUUCCAUUAUUUUACUACAAGCGCAUCCGUGCUUUUCGGUCUUUGGUAAAUUUUGUCAGUAGGGAUUUGUGGGGUCGUUCAGAUACUCACGAUUCCAUCGAUGUCAUAACAAUCGAUUCCGGUUC